CGCGACGGUCGCUCUUCACGCGGAAGGAUGCGCGGCAACCGAUUGGCUGCGUGUGUACGUCGGCGGGAGGACGCGCGACACGGCACCGCCCCUCCCUCCGUGGAACCUGCUCUGUGGAGCCAGUGGAGCCGGCAGCUUGGCCAGGUGGGAGGAUCCGCACCGCAUCGCAGGACGGGACCGCUGAUCCUGCAGCCGCUCAGCGCCGUGACCCGCGACCCUAGAUCCCAACUCCUUUUGGCUCAGCCCGCGCGCCCCAGGCCGGGCCCGGGCGGCGCGACGGGAGGAUGAGCGGCGGGCGGCGGAAGGAGGAGCCGCCUCAGCCGCAGCUGGCCAACGGGGCCCUCAAAGUCUCCGUCUGGAGCAAGGUGCUGCGGAGCGAUGCGGCCUGGGAGGACAAGGAUGAAUUUUUAGAUGUGAUCUACUGGUUCCGACAGAUCAUUGCUGUGGUCCUGGGUGUCAUUUGGGGAGUUUUGCCAUUACGAGGUUUCUUGGGAAUUGCAGGAUUCUGCCUGAUUAAUGCAGGAGUCCUGUACCUCUACUUCAGCAAUUACCUACAGAUUGAUGAGGAAGAAUAUGGCGGCACAUGGGAGCUCACGAAGGAAGGGUUUAUGACCUCUUUUGCCUUGUUCAUGGUCAUUUGGAUCAUCUUUUACACCGCCAUCCAUUAUGACUGAUGGUGUACAGCUCCCACCUGCUCCCUGUCCCGUCCAAAGGACCCUCUUGAUAACAGCACAGAAACUUGAUCACUGGGGAACCCUAGCCCCUUGGAACUUGGAAGACCCGUGUUUCCUGGACGGCGAAUCAGUGUAUUGGGUGUCAGUGUUUUCUGCAAGGGUUGUGACCUGAAACUUUUUAAAAAACCACCCACCUUUGGGGAAGCAUUUCUGAAUUUAUCCAUCACCAUUUCUUCUUGGAUAUCAUCAAGUAACAGCUGUUUGCCAAGUGGAGCUGUCAUUUAAUUUGAUGCACCUCCGGAUUCAGAUGAAACAUUAAAUUGUCUUCCUCGAUUCUGCAUCGGCUGUACAGUUUUUAAACUAUCAGUGGCAUUUCAAGUCUUCUGAAACAGCAUGGCUGUAUGUGCAUGGUCCAUAGCACAGUACAGGCAGCAUCUAACAACAGUUUCCAUUGUAGAAUGUUUUCAGAUACUUGAAUAAAUCAGCUCUUUAAUUGAGAA